AUAAAAAAAGAUAUUUCAGACAUCUUCGAGCCAUCUGAAAAGAAGAAACGCAAAUUAAAUGUUGAUCGACCAAGAAAGCCAGUUAUAGACGACGACGAUGAUGAUGAAGAAGAUGAAGAAGAUGUAGAAGAUGAUGAAGAAGCAAUUGAAGAAAAUGAUGAGCAUGAAGAUGAUGAUGAAGAGGAUGAAGAAGCUGCAGAUGCUGACACAAACAUGGAGGUAGCAGAGGAGAUACCUGGGAGCACAGACGUUGGCGACUUUGCUCUCGAGUUAGGAUUGUCAUGCAAUGUUUGUAAACAGAUUAGCGUGUCAAAGGGCAACCAACUUGUUGAGUGUCAAGAGUGCCACUCUCUUUAUCACCAGAAAUGUCAUAAACCAUUUGUGAGUGACGCCGAGAUAAAUGAUCCUCGACUCGUAUGGUAUUGUAGCCGAUGUUUUAAAAGUUUAAAGAAAAUGGUAAGAAAUGAUUGA